CUCCAACGUCGUCACAGACUCAACAAGAGCGCGUACAGUGUAUGGGUGCCGGGUAGUAAUGGCGCCGACGCUUACCGGCGGGUCGACUCCAGCUCAUCUUUAUCGCCUGACGUUCCUCCGAUCUGCUCAACUUAUAUGCAGGCCCAUUUGUGCGUCAGACGUUAUGCUCAGUGACGGUCCAUGGGCGGAACGCCUCGAGAGAAUGGCGCAGGGCUCCUGCGGACUGCAUGAACGAGAUG